CUUACAAACAGCAACAGACAUUAGAUUGUCAAUACCAAUCAAAUUAUGCUGAGAAUGAAUGUUUAUACAUAUUAUGACCUUCUGCAUAUUAAUACUCUGAUCCCGUGAAAUUUCUUCGUCAUGUUUAACUCCUGCAACUUGAUAUCAUUGGGGGCAUUGAACAGAUAAAUGGCAAAUGCUGCAGUCUUGGCAUUCUACAUCACGAUUUGCUGCAUUGCGUUUGUCGUCUCAAAGAUUGUAAUCUCUAUACUCCUUUAUCGGAGAUGGCAAAGAAAGCAUAGUGUUUUCCAUGAUAGUGUCUCAGGAGGAAAGAUGGUAAUGUUCAGGUCUCCUACAAUGCAGGAUCUGACCUCAGAGAUGUUCUUAAAGAAGACAUUGAGGUUGACCAACAAAGACAUCAUUGGGUCAGGAGGUUAUGGAACAGUGUACAGACUGACCAUUAAUGAGUCCACUGCAUUUGCAGUAAAAAGGCUAAACAGAGGUAAUGCAGACCGUGAUCAAGGAUUUGAGAGAGAGCUGGUGGCAAUGGGAGACAUAAAGCACAGGAAUAUUCUCACUCUUCAUGGAUAUUACACUGCCCCUCAGUUUAAUCUUCUUAUAUAUGAUCUGAUGCCCAAUGGAAGUUUGGAUACUCUGCUUCAUGAUGCUAAUGCAGGUACAUCAAAUGAAAAGAAGCACUUGAAUUGGAAUUCAAGAUACAAAAUAGCUGUAGGCGCUGCACGAGGCAUUUCAUACCUCCAUCAUGAUUGUAUCCCUCACAUUAUACACAGAGAUAUCAAAUCAAGCAAUAUAUUGUUGGACCAAAACAUGGAGGCUCGAGUGUCUGACUUUGGAUUGGCUACAUUAAUGGAACCUGAUAAGACUCAUGUUUCAACAUUUGUUGCGGGAACUUUUGGUUAUUUGGCUCCUGAAUAUUUUGAUACAGGGAGAGCAACUGCAAAAGGAGAUGUUUACAGCUUUGGAGUUGUUUUGCUCGAGCUUUUAACAGGGAAGAGACCUAUGCAUGAAGAAUUUAUUGAGGAAGGCACUAAGCUGGUCACAUGGGUGAAAGCAGUUGUUGAUGACAAGAGGGAAGAGCAUGUAAUUGAUCAUACCUUAGGGUGUUGUCCAUUGGAGGAAGUUAAUAAUGUAUUCAGUAUAGCAUUGAUGUGCCUUGAAUCAAAUCCCUCCAAGAGACCAACCAUGAUUGACGUUCUCAAGAUGCUUGAGCAAAUAAAAUCCAAUAAAAUUGUAUUGGAUUCUUGAUCACUGUUUAUGUAUUCUUCUCUUUCCUGAGUGGAAGAUAACUAUUGUCGAAUAAAGAAUGCUUCCUACACUGAUCAAUGUAGUGGCAAAUGUAAUCCAGUCGAUGUCUGGCUCAAAUCCUAAUAAUAGUUUCCUUACCCUUCUUCCUUUCCUUUCUCCUGGAAAGAAAUAAAGAAUUCUCCUAACUGAUCAUCAAAUAUGGUUUAUUUAGGUUUGGCAACGGCGGUUUGACCUCUCCCAGCUUAAAUCAAUUAUCUGGGCCUUGGUUGAGAAUCUCAGACUGACAAUAUUUCAAGUUGAAACAGCCUUCAGUUGGUCA